CUUACACAGAAAAUUUGCAUUAGGCAAACUUAUUCAUCUGCCCACACAAGCAACACUGUGUUGAACUUGAGUUUACUGAGCCAUAGUGACGCACUGCAGACCAGUUCAUCCCUUCUCGUCCUGAAGAAAGGAACUUCUGGAUUCUUCUAAAUGCACCUGUGAAUGUCUUUAUUGGUUUGUUCCAGCAGAUCUUCCUUUUCCUCUGUUUUCACAUGGACGCAGUAAAAAGGAAGGCUGUGUUUUUUGCACUCCUGCCCCUGCUGCUGCACAAACUACAGGCUGAGGAAGCAUGGAUCGCUAUAUUCAAUUAUGGCCUUACCAUAGACGUGGCUGAGUUCAAUACUUCGAUCUUUGAACAGAAAUCUGAAAUACAAUGUAAAAGAAGUUCAACACAGUGUGUCAUUCAGUUUCCAAACGGAUACCAAGAGACGGGGUUCGAUAAACCACCUUUCUGUCUGAAUGCUUCAGUGACAGAACUUCCAGACAGAGAGGAGUAUGACAUCCCUGGAUUUGCAAAUUUCUCCGUAUUCUGGUGCCAAAAUCACUCCAUCUUCUCACUGUUUGAGAGUCAAUGUAGUGAAGCUUGUGCCGUUGAGGAUUUGCUGAAUGUCGUCUGGAUAAAGGAUUGGUGCGAAAAUCUCUUCAUUCAGAAUUUUGACAUCAAGAAAAUCUACGUCAAAAUUGAAAGACAGAUCAUCCAUAAUCUUAUGGAACCAUGCCAGAACAAAAGCUUUACUGAGUACAACCUAAAGAAACUGUCUUUAAACAUGUACAAUAUCUCAGACAAAGCUCUGAAUAUGACAGACGGAAAAACAGCCAUUCAGUUGGAAGCACCACAGCUGCCGUCUAAGAAUAAGUCCUUCAUUCCUGAAAUCUGGAUGCCUGUGGACGCUUUGCACAAGAUCCCAGCAGAAAGGAGGGUGGUCGCUUUGGUCAGUUACAUGAACCACAACCAGUUCCAGUUCGAAGAGGAAAACAUUUCAUCCAUGGUACUCAGGAUUGAGCUGCUGGAGCAACACCACAUGCAGAAUCUGAUUCAGCCAAUUACCAUGGUUUUCAGAAUCGGAGAAACAGAGUCCAGACCGUCUAAUGACACAGAGCUGAAGUGUUCCUACUUUGAUGAGCAGCACGAUUUUGAUUGGAAAACUGAUGGAUGUGAAACUACAAUCACCGAGACCCAUGUUACCUGCAAGUGCGACCAUGCAACACCUUUUGCUGUUCUGCUGAUAAAUAUACCAGGGAUAGCAGAGAUCCACUGGAAGAUCCUGUCGUACAUCAGCUACAUAGGCUGUGGCUUGUCAGCUUUCUUCUGUGCAGUAUCUCUCUUGAUAUACAUAUUUGGCAGGACAAACAAAAUGGACCACUCCAUGUCCAUUCAUGUGUCCCUGAGCGGCGCCCUGUUUCUGCUCAAUUCAACCUUCCUGCUGACUGAGUGGGGCGCCAACGUGGAGCUCAGCUGGGUGUGUGAGUCAGUCGCAGCUCUCAUGCAUUACUCGCUGCUCUGCUGUUUCACCUGGAUGGCCAUAGAGGCUCUGCACCUUUACCUCCUGCUGAUUAAGGUGUUCAACACCCACUACAAAUACUACCUGCUCAAGCUGUCUGUGGUGGGAUGGGGUGUCCCCGGUCUGAUUGUGGCCGUUUCUCUGGGAGUGCGGGACUUCAAGCAGCUUUAUGGAGCCAAAGAGUUAGCCAUGUUGGAUACCAACCAAACCAGCACCAUCUGCUGGAUCACAGAUGACUCCUUCUUCUACUCUUUGAACCUGGUUUAUUUCACCCUCAUCUUCAUCUUUAACUCUGGUAUUUUGAUGGCGGUGGGCUCCAGCAUCUGCAGGAUGAACACACUGGUGAAGAGAAGUGCAGGGAAGACGCAGGGAGACGUGGACAGGUUUAAUGCUUCCUGCAGGAGCGGCCUUACUCUGCUGGGUCUAACCUGCCUCCUGGGGACCACCUGGGGUCUGGCCUUCCUGGGAUCGGGAUAUGUCAAUUACCCAAUCCUCUACCUUUUCUGCAUACUGAACUCCCUCCAGGGUUUCUUCAUCUUCAUGUGGAUCUGCCUCACAGCCAAGAAGCAGAGGAAGAGACAAAUGGAAGAGAAACUGACCUCAGCUCCAAUAAGGACUUCAGCGAUUAAAUCUGAAUAGAACUUAAUCCUUAAUCUAAAUCCUUUAACUAGCAGAUUAAAGUUUUUUUUCUUUUUUGCAAAUGACAGGUUUCUUUAUAAAUGAUUACCUUUUUGUCAAUUGAAGUUUUAAAUAACAUUAAACUAAUAUUUUACAUCC